UUGCUGGAACCCUAUUUGCAGGUCCUGUCGAAGAGAAUUCAUUAUGGGAAAUUUGUCGCUGAAGCAAAAUUUCGAGCCUCACCAGAUGUCUAUAAGGCUGCCAUAAGAGCACAAGACAGCAACGGACUGAUGGAUUUGUUGACCUACCCUACUGUUGAAGAGGCUAUCACGAGGAGAGUAGAAAUGAAAACCAGAACUUAUGGACAAGAAUUUAACAUCAAUGGACCGGAAAAUGGAGGUGACCCAGUGUACAAAAUAAAACCAAGCCUAGUUGCUGAGUUGUACGGCGACUGGAUCAUGCCAUUGACAAAGGAAGUUCAAGUUGAGUAUCUUCUAAGAAGACUGGAUUAGAAAGAAAAAAGAACAUCUGCUGUAAGUCAUCUAACUUAUACGAGUAUUGAAUUAUAUGCACAAAUAUUAUAUUGUUCCACCAGAGAUGGACAUCUGUGGAUGCAGAUGACUAUAAAUAUAAAAUAUGUAUGGUGGUUUUCGGAAGUGGGACUCGGUUUCUUACAGUGAUUUCUUGCAUUGUAAAUCAACAUUGAUUGAGGUGGUGAAAGAAGUAAACUGUGAUUCUUUGCCUAAGAAUAUGUCUGAUAACUUGUUGUAAUUUAUGAUUUAUAGUCCUUGAGAAUGUAGAAGAGAGAUGUACUUUUGUGUAAUGAACAUUAUAAGCUGGUCUUUUCCAAUGAAUUCCCAUGUUGUUUCUGUCA